AAUACUACUAUCUACUUAAUUCUUAGAAACCCUAAAUUCAGCUAUUUCAAAGGAGCCCUAGGUACGCUAGAUAGUAUAUAUAUAAAUGCCGUUAUUCCGGAAGAGAGGCAGUCUGCCUGUAACUUCCUCUAUACGCUUGUUAGUUACGAAGGAUCUGCGAACGAUAGGACAGUCGUUAAUAGAGCCUUUAGGGUUAGAGGUCUACGUAUACUAGAGGGCCGCUAUUAUCUCGCAGAUAGUAGUUAUUUGCCGAAGGACAAUCGACUCUUAGUACUAUAUUAGCGUAUAAGAUACUACCUACGUAAGCAGAUCGCGUCGAAUACUAAACUAGAGAUAAAAGAAGAGCUUUUCAACCUCCGCUACGCGUAGCUAAGAAACUGCGUUGAGCGUAUAUUUAGUAUUGUAAAGAAGCGCUUUGAGUACGUCCGUGUUAGUCCGUACCUAGGGCGCUCUAUACUCGACCAAAAGCGUAUUCUUAUAGCGUGUUUUGUCCUCUAUAACUACAUUCUUACGUACGGCGAACAACUACUCUCUAUAGAGCCGUAGUUGCUAUAAUCGGACGGCUAUAUCGGCAACGACGAUGUCUCUAGUAUAGAGUAUAAAGCACCGGGUUUCGAGGAGGACAAAGGAAUAUUAAAGUUCCGAGAUAAGAUAGUAGAGGAUAUAUAGUAAGACUACCUCGAGCUGCUCGAGUACCGUAGCUAGGACCGUACUAGUAUUAAGCAGGAGUAGUAGACCUUAUACAGCUUAUAAUACUUAAUAGUAUACUAAUCAC